AUGGACGGGAUUCAGCAUGCAUCCGACAACGUCAUCCGUGCAUCCGACGCAUCCUGCAUUGAGGAAAAGCUUGAGAUUCAUGGGCUAGAUCUUAACAAGCCCGAAAAUCAAAGCCUUGAUGCUAUCCUGAGCAACUACGCUAGAAUAGGAUUUUCGUCAACGGGGUUUUCUAAGCUCUGUACUGAAGUCAACAGAAUGUACUCAUGGCGUCUGAGCGAUGAUCCCUAUGAUCCUAAUCGAAGUUAUCCCGAGUGUCCUAUUGCGCGCUCCAAGAUACGCUGCAAAGUCUUCUUGGGGUAUACGUCAAACUUGGUUUCUUCGGGCCUUCGUGAGUACAUUCGCUUUCUAGUGCAGCACUCCUUGGUGGACGUGAUAGUCACAUCUGCAGGAGGGGUUGAGGAGGACAUCAUUAAGUGUCUUGCGCCGACUUAUCUAGGGGACUGGAAAACUGAUGGGGCAAUGCUCCGAAAGAACUCCAUUAACCGAAUCGGGAAUCUCCUAGUACCCAAUGACAACUAUUGCCUCUUUGAAGACUGGAUUAUCCCCAUCUUCGAUGAGUGCGUGGAGCAGCAGCGUAAGGGAUAUCACUGGACGCCGUCGCGACUUAUCUGGAAACUCGGAAAGCGGAUCAAUGAUGAACGUUCCAUUGCAUACUGGGCAUACAGGAAUAAGAUCCCUAUAUUCUGUCCUGCCAUAACGGACGGUAGUCUCGGGGACAUGCUCUUCUUCCACUCCUAUAAAAACCCUGGACUGAUCAUAGAUGUAGUCGGGGACAUUCGUGCAAUGAAUAUGCAGGCCAUCAACUCUCCAAAGAAUGGCUGCAUAAUUUUGGGAAGUGGAACCAUCAAGCACCACAUACUUAACGCAAAUCUGUUUGCAGGCGACGGUGCCGACUUUGCUGUGUACAUAAACACGGCACAGGAAUACGACGGCUCUGAUGCUGGAGCAACGUGUGAUGAGGCAGUCAGCUGGGGAAAGAUUUCUCCGACAGCCAGGCCUGUAAAGCUCUGCGCGGAUGCUACUCUCGUCUUUCCUCUUCUACUCCACGAGACCAUUUUGAAGAAAUACAAGGAAGAUCCAGAAUAUUGGGACUCAAAGAAGGGAGGAGAUCCCCAUGAGUGCUAUUGGACUCAAAUGGAGAAUGAAGUACGCGAGUCAAAGAGGUCAUAA